AUGCAGGCGCUGAAAGCGGUGAGACUCUGGUGGCAACCUGUUGAGGCGUCCAUCCGAAGCCGUCGUGUGGAUCUUUUGCAGGGCGCUCUCAAGGAGGCCCAUGGCGAAAGCUACCUCAGGACAGUCUAUGCGGUCAGGCGCAGUGCUAGUCUAGAUCCGGUCCACAGACACUCCGUUGAGAUGGAGAUGGCGGCUCGCCUGGUGAAGGCCAGAGCUGUGCUGGGCAAGUGGCAAGCUGGCGUAGAGGAGAUCAAGAAAGCGCACCGAGCGAGAGAUGUGGCGGGGCUGGCUCAGGCCCUGUCCCGCUUCCAGCACUCGGCAGAGGAUGCAGAGGUGGCUUUUGGGGAAUCCUUGGAUCUGAGCAGCGCGGCGGCAGAGGAGCUGCCAAAGCUGCUGAAGGACGCUCUGGAGCGCCGCGACGUGCCAAAGCUGCGCGAGGCCAUGAGCGACAUGAGCAAAGACGGUCCGAAGAACAUUGACGGUGCCGAGGAGGCCAAGAAGAUGAUCAAGAGGUACCAAAUCCGAGCACGGGCAUUGGACCACGCAGUCGGGGAAAGGAAGAUCUCCUCUAUCCAGGCUGCAUUGGCGACAUGGGACUUCAGCCGCGACGAUGUGCAUGCUGUCAAGGCACGCCAGGCCAUUGCCCGGCGUGAUCAGCAGAAGCAGAAGUUGCAGGCAGCCGUCCUGCGCAAAGAUGGCCCUCACUUGCAGCAGGUCACUCAGGAGUGGGAGUUUGACCGCACCGACGAGGACUACCAACAGGCUAUGGCGGCCUUGCGUCGUUACGACAAGCUGGUGGAAGACGUCGAGAGGCUCAUGGGACCGCCAAUGGACAUAGUUGCUCUGGCGAAUGUGCUGGACAACUGGGAGUGGUCCAAAGAUGACCCAGUCCACCUCGCUACCGAAAAGAAGAUCGCAGAGCAUGAAAAUGCGGCGCGGAAUGCUCUGCAAGCCAAGGAUGGCUGGAAGUUGCAGCGAAUCUGGCAGUUCAACGAUGUGAAGAAGAAAGGAGCCGCCCCGUCCGUGCUACAGCAGCAGAUGGCCGGGAUCAAGUGGAAAGCAACGGUGGCGAAGAACCGCUACAGAGAAGCGACGCACGCCCUGCGUGAAGCGAUCCGUGCCGCAGUGGAGGAAGCGGAAUUCAUGCGCACGGAGGCCGUGCAAGAGGUCCAGGUGCCGGGAGACGAGGACGCCUUGCAGGCUCCGCAGGAGAAUGUGCUCAUGAGCCUGGCACGGUUCUCCACGACGGGCCUUCCGCCCAAAGAGUACGAGCUGCGGACGCUCGUGGACAACUGGCCCUUCAGUCUCGACGACCCCACUUUGCAGAUGGCCUCCUGCUGGGUGGCUUCCAGAGCCUUGCUGAAGACCUGCUCGCUCCGGUAUUUGGACAUCGCACUACACGGCGGGCACACGGUGAGCAUCACGAAAGCCCUGGGCCGCGCAUCUGCUGUGGCAGUACCUCCUCGGAUCUACCACAAGUUCAUCAAGCUUCCUGAGAACAUUCUGCGCGGCAAGGAAGAGGCCCUGAUGCGAGAGGCCACGAUGCAGGCUGUGGGUGCCAUGAGUCUCGGUGUAGAGCCGGAUGACCUCAUGAUGGCCUCUGCAUUUGCGAAGGAGCUGGCGGACAAGGCCAGGCUCGUCCGCAUGGCGGUGUCCUGCGUCGAGGCAGGUCGUAUCCCCACGCUUCGUGCGGCCUCAAAACCUCCAAGGGUGGUCCAUGGUAUCAUGGAGACGAUCUGCCAUUGUGUCGCUGGUAUUCACCCGGUUGUGCGUGAUCCACCUCGGGACACCGGCUGGAGGACGUGCCAACGGAUGAUGAACAAUCCCAAGGUGCUGAUUGAGAAUCUCACGUCUCUUCCGGAUUGGGUGGCAUCUGGCAGAACCGAACCGAUUGAAAGAGCCAAGGCUCACUGGGCCAAGGUGCAGGCAGAAGUGGGCCGACAGCAGGACUGCACCGUGGAGGCAGUCCGCCGUCAAAGCAUCUUGGCCGGACAAUUCCUGCUCUUCCUGGAACAGACGUUCGGGUUCUACGAGCUCCUCAGUUUGGCAAAUGUUGCUCCGGAGAAGCGCCGAGGUGCCCAUGCAAUUGCGAGAGAUGCAGAUGCACAAAGACUGUCCGACCUCCAGGCAAUCUUCGUCACACUCCGCGAAGAAGCUCUCAGCAACCCAGAAUUUGCCGGGCAGCCACUCUGGUACUACGUCCUCACCAAAGCCAAAGGCUCCCUUGCGAGCGACAUGCUCUUCAGUGCUGCCUGGGCGGUCGCCGGCGGCAGUGCAGAAGCGGUGCGGGAAUGUGUCGAGCGAGCUCGACUACAAGUGAUGGAAGCGUUGGCGGUGACAUCUGUGUCGAACGCAGUGCUUAGCAACUUAUGCCGUGGGCUGCGGCCUCCUCAGCGCGAGACCUACGUUGCGAGUGAACCACGGAGAAGCUCCAAGUUCUUGACCCAGCUGAACGGGGCCGAGUUGGGCGCCAAAGCUUCGCUCCACAGGGCAAACAAGAGCAUUGAGGCAUCGCGGGCCUUCAAGCACAAUCAGACGGUAGCGAGGGAGGUGGAUGUGCUCAUCAUAAGGAUCACGGGCGAGGAAGCUGCCCUCCUUCACAUGCCCAUCAGCUCUACUGUGAAGGAUCUUCAAGAACGCCUCGCCGCCGUUGAGAGUGUGCCCGCUCAACAUCAAGUACUCCUUUUCGAGAAUAAGGAGCUUACUGCUCACACACCCGUGAAGAGCUUGCGAAGGGACAGGGAAAGCGUGGUGUUCUGUACCCUUUACUACAAGUCGGAAGAACUGGUGCACCGGAUCGAGGCAGCGAUGUUGAAGAUCGCGCAGUGCUCGCAGCUGGACCUGGACAUGCCAUCGCUGCUGGGUGGGCAACUGGCAGAUCCAGCAAUAUGCCUGAUCUACGGCACCAGCAUGUUCGACACUACGGUGGCGCGGCCUGGAGGAGGAGAGCGACGCCAGGGUGGCCGGCGGGUGGCGAUUUCGGUCAGAAAGAAUGAGACAGUAAAGGCUUUAGGUGACAUGGGCGCAGCUCUGCCCUUCGAGAUCCCUGCGAGCCCUCCUCGAGUCUUGAGCCCACCGAUACCCACUCCAACGUCUCCGAGGAAGCAGUCACUUCAGUUGACGAUGAUGGACAUUCUUCGCACUACGACAGAGCUCGUCCGCGGCCAUGCCUGGGGAGUGCCAAGAACAGGCCAGUACUCGGUGCAGGUGGACACUCCUUGGCAGAUGCAGGUGGUGUGUGAGAUCUUGGAGUUGAGCACGAACUUGCUCAAAAAGCCGCUCGUGCCACAGGCCAAUCUCAGUACGUCGCUUCGUCUUCUACAGGAACUAGAGGAGGCUGGGCUGCCGGCCAGUUACCAAGUUGAGUUCAUUGAGCAGCGCCGGCGAUCUGCUGCCUUCUUAGGAUCCAUUCCGACCACGCCAGGGACUCCCGAGACGAAGCCUGGUUCGCGCCACAGCGACCGGGACCGGGACUUGCAGUUCGGAAGACGGGACACCUCGUCCGAGAGCCGGAGACGCGACAACACGAUGGAUGGUCCCAACUUCACACGCCGAGAGACCUCCCGCGAGCGCGAUGACGCUCUGUCUUGGCGGCGAGAGAACGCGAUGCAGGACUCCGUGUCUCCACCGCCCGUGAGGGAGGCCGACUACCAACGUGGUCUCCAUGCUGUCAGCGCCUUCGUCAAAGCCAUGAAGGCUAUGGCUGAGCAGGGUAUACCGAUCGUCUAUCCACACGUUGAGUACGUACGUUGUGCGAUUGACAGCGCUGGGCUCGCCUUUCUCAACAGCCCGCCAGCCGCAGAGCCUGCGCAGCGGCUGCGAUGGGCCGAGGGCAUCAUGUCUGUCCAGCUCGCGCCACUUCCAAGCUUCGACCAGACGUUGAAGCGCAUUGCGAGGUGCAUUGACGAAGAGCAGCUUGCGGAACUGGCAGCUAACGCAGAGCCGCCGGAGAACAUGCAGCGCGGUGCUUUGGGCACCGGCAUCGAGCGGCUUUUCGCAGCUCUGGCCUGGGUUCUGGACCCACAGUGCAAUUGCGACCGGCGCUGGUCGCAAUCCCGACAGCUGCUCUUGGACGCAGAAGGUUUCGCAGAAGAGCUGGCCUCUUGGACAUCUGCUUCGGCAGAGCCUCGCCGAAUGAAUCGAGCGAAGCAGCUGCUCAUGGAGGUCUGGACUUGGGUUGGAAGUGGAUGCAGCGGCGUUCAAGCUCUGCGGACGCUCUUCUGCUGGUUGACACUAGCGGUCGCGAUCACACCUGUCGCGGAGCAGGGAGCACGACUGAGACCCGUGCACAGCAUCAUCAAGACCGGCCUCCAACGCGUGGACGCCUCUCCGCCCGCGGGCCGCGCCAGCGCCGCAGCGAAGGCCUGGACGUCCGUGCUUUUCCUUUUGGAUAGCAGCGCCGAGGCGUGGUGGUGGCUCAAAGGCAUUCGAUCGUCUUCCCAGGCACCGAGUCCAUGGACAAACAGCGAAGACGGUGGCGUUGGUGUCGCCAAUCCCAUGUUUGGCAAGCCGGAGGAUGCAUGGCAGCAGGGCGAAGACCCUUUCGAUGGUAACGAUCCGACGGCGGCUGCUCUGGAGUUUGACCGGGAAUUGGACAAGGAAAUUGACGAGGUUCUAAAGGAUGAUGGCGGCUAUGCAUUCUGA